CAAAAUUUGUUACUCCAAUAACGAAUCCCGCCUAUUGAUGAGUUAUGAGAAAGUUUUUGUAUAAAUAGCCCUGAUUAGUAGCUAAAAUCAUCACAGUCAGUGGUUGAACUUCAUACAAUCUUCAACAUGAAAUUCUUCGUUAUCGUCUUCGCGGUGGUCGCAGUAGCUGCUGCUCAACACCAAGCCGAGCCAGUGCCGAUCGCUAUUUUGCGUCAAUCGCACGACCAGUCACCGGAGGGCUCUUACCAGUACAGCUACGAUACCGAGCACGGAAUCCACGUCGACGAGGCUGGACAACCUGGACCAUUGACUAAAGACGGAACUCAGCCAAUCACCGUCCGCGGAUCAUUCAGCUUCGUUGGCAAUGACGGCGUUACUUACGGAGUAACUUACACUGCUGACGAAACCGGAUACCAUCCCGAAGGUGCCCAUCUUCCAGUCGCUCCAGCUAUCCCCGAAGAAAUUCUUCGUGCUCUCGAAUACAACGCGGCUCAUCCCGAGGAAGACGAUGGUACCGUAAGUGGCAGCUUCCAACCAACAGUCCCUGUCAGAUCUGCUCCAGUAGCUCCAGUUCCUUCAGUCGUUGGCAGACAACCUCAAGGUUUCAAGCCCUUCCAAACACGUCGUUUCUAAAUGAAGAAAUUAUUAACCAAUUGAUCUUACACUCGAUUUAUUACAAUAAAAUUAUAAUUACAUUGUGUCUUUUAAUAUACAUGUGAUUAUUUGUUGUAAAUGGUUACUUUAACGAUGAAAAUAUAUUUUUAAUUUAA